AACCUUGGAGGUGGAGAUCAUGUGAUCUAUAGGAAGGGCAGCUGUCUAAUUCAGCUGCAGCGCAUCUUCAGAAUCCGUUGACACCACAGAUCCGCCGUGGACAUUUCACAGCAAUGAUACGGUGUGACGAACGGUGUCAGUAAGAAGAAAUAGACUCAUUUACUCUAUGUGGGAGCUUGUAUAGGACUGCAGAAGACACUUAGCGAGAGGAGCCUUCUAGGCUAAGUAAGCCUUCAGACAAUAUUACCGUCACAAUGUCUAAUAGCAGCCGAGUGAACAGCCCUACGGAGGAGACCUCUCUCACCCCGGACCAGUCUCCAGGCCCAGAUGCACCCCAAGAUGAGUAUACGAAGCUGGGAGAGAAGACGGGAACAACUUUCAUUCAAACCCUGAUCCACUUGCUGAAAGGCAACAUUGGCACAGGUCUGCUGGGACUUCCUCUGGCUGUGAAGAAUGCAGGGCUUGUGUUGGGACCUAUAAGCCUGUUCCUAAUGGGCGGCAUUGCAGUUCACUGUAUGGACAUUCUGGUGAAAUGUUCUCAUUAUCUCAGUGACAGGAUGAGAAAGCCUUUCCUGGACUAUGGUAAUUGUAUGCAGUAUGGCUUGGAGGUGGGGCCAGUACCCUUGCUGCAGAGGCAUGCAAUCUGGGGAAGGCGAGUGGUUAAUGCCUUUUUGAUGGUCACUCAGUUGGGCUUUUGCUGUGUGUAUUUUGUCUUUCUCUCUGACAAUAUCAAACAGGUCAUAGAAUCAGCAAAUGGAACGACCACUGACUGUCAUUUAAACCAGACGGUUAUAAUGACCAGCACCAUUGACUCCCGGCUCUACAUGCUGUGUUUUUUGCCAUUUAUUAUUCUGCUGGUGUUCAUCCGAAACCUCAAGUACCUGGCCCCUUUCUCGAUGCUUGCAAACCUUGCCAUGAUUAUCAGUCUGGGCAUGAUUUUUAACUACAUCGUAUGGAAUAUCCCAUUUCCUGUUGCAUUGCCAUAUUUGGGCGAAUUGAAGAACUACCCUCUAUUCUUUGGUACGGCCAUAUUUUCAUUUGAAGGCAUUGGAGUGGUGCUCCCUCUUGAAAAUCAGAUGAAGACGCCUCGAUCGUUCCACAAGGUUCUGUACUUGGGCAUGGCGAUUGUAACCUGCCUGUAUAUCAGCUUGGGAACCCUGGGAUACCUCUGCUUUGGAGACAGCAUCGGAGCGAGCAUCACGUUAAACCUGCCAAACUGCUGGCUGUAUCAGGCUGUAAAAAUCCUCUACUGCUUUGGGAUUUUCAUCACCUAUGCCCUGCAGUUCUACGUGCCUGCUGAAAUCUUGAUCCCACGAGUAGUUGCCCGGUUGGAGGAACGAUGGGCGUGGGCAGUCGACCUUGCCGUCCGUGCAGCGCUAGUCACCUUGACCUGUGUCAUAGCUAUCCUGGUUCCAGAGCUUGAUCUCGUCAUCUCUCUGGUGGGCUCUGUCAGCAGCAGUGCCCUGGCUCUCAUCUUCCCUCCCAUCCUGGAGAUCCUGACCUUCCACAGCGAGGGGCUGCCCUGGUGGGUCAUUUGCAAGAACUUCCUCAUCAGCGUCAUCGGCCUGGUGGGCUUCGUGGCCGGGACCUACGUCUCCAUCGAGCAAAUCGUCCUCAGGAAUUCUGCCAGAGACGCGCUCAACGGAACUCUGUCUGGAGUGCACUAAUCCGGCAGCGUCAGGUUUUAAAGCUCCCUCUGGAUUAGACCUGAUGAGUUCUAUCUCAAAGCGUCUCGCCCUCCACCUCUCAAAAGGUUAUCGUUGUAGAUUUAAAAUGCCGUGUCAAGGAAACAUCAUUCAUCUUCUUUUUUUUUUUUUUUUUUUUUUAAUGUUUUUUUUAAGUUUUUUAUUUUUUUUAUUUACUGACCUGAACGUUUUUAUUGAAAUGAUCUCCCUGUUUGAACUAAUCAUUGUCUAUAAAAAUCAGCUUUAAUAUAAUUUCAAAAAGUUUUGACUUCAAAGUGCAAUAUAAUAUUAAGUUCUUUUGAAAUCAAAUUGAAAACGACACAUCAGGCCAGUAUCUUAUAAGAUAAGCCAGACUGAUACUUCUGUGAGUAAGCUUUAGACAACGAGAUUUGUGAUUGUAUAUCCUUCAAGAAAGCUAAAUCAUACGGGCAGGAGGAAAGUGCCUGAAACUCAGAGGACGCAAUAUUAAUACUGCCUUGCUGUAGAUCAGGAGGUGCCAUGCUCAUCUCUUCAUCAAACACUAUCGCAUGCCAAAUGUACCGCAGUGUUGUCAUUGUGUUGUGUUUUGAUCGCACACUAAAGUGAACUUCUGUGUAUUUGCAUUCCUUGUUGUUUUUUUAGGAAGAUGCUCUAGUUUUUUGAUGUCAAUUAUGCCAACGUGUCUGUUUUUGUGUUUCUUCUGUAAAGAUGAACCAUCACUGUUCUUCAUGAUAAAGGGAAUUGCAAUAUAGGUUUUACAGAAAACACUGUUUUAAUUCUGCAUCGCACAAGUUAGAGCUGAGGAUCCUGGGGUCCAGUUGGACAUUUAUUUAUUUUUGUUAGCAUGUAAAUGUAUAUUUCUUCUUGUUGCAGAGGAACGGUUUCAUUUGAGUUGCAGGGGUUUCAGUAAGACUAUAAACAUUUAGUUGAUCAAUUGCUAGCUAUUGACCUACUAACAUGUGCUGGUCUACUCAUCAGGUACUGUGGCCAAGCAGCGUGUCGUAUUUUCCAUUGAAAUCACUGAAGUGACCUGCUGGGUCUGUCUCUUAUACUGCUAGUGGGCAUCGUUAGGGGCAGGGGGUGCAUAUCCCUGGCAAGGGGCUUACAUUGGAGAACCUCCUACAUUUGUACAUUGUAAGAAAGGUCCACUUGUGAUCAUGGAGGUCAUGGUCGGUCUGUCUGUUUAAUAUUUUUUGCAUUGACUUAUUUAAUGCAAUUCAUUUAAUUUUAUUUCAUUGUAUUUUGCCGUUGUAAGUACAUAACAAAUACAUAACUACUUGUCAAUUUGUACACACGUCCUAUAUAGUGGGGAAAUAGAAAGUAAUACAAGAUGUAUAAUACUGUGCACUGAAGACCUUGCUUUUCAUUAUGACUGCUUGGCUUUCUGGUUCUUUUCUAUAGUUUACUGUGCACAUUGCCUUGUUUACUUGUUGUAAUCUCUGUGGGGAGGAACUGAGCUACUAGAGGUGCCCUGGACGGGUUGGGGGAGGGGCAGGGAGGAGGGCAGUGUAUUUGGAACUGAGCUACUAGAGGUGCCCUGGACGGGUUGGGGGAGGGGCAGGGAGGAGGGCAGUGUAUUUGGAAUCCUUUCUGAGUCCAGUACACCUGUAAGAACAUUACACCGUUGAGGACCAGGGAGGGAUUGUAAGUAGCCUAAGUGCCUGGCUUGCUUGGCUGUACCAUUUCUUAUUAACCCUUUGAUUUCCAGCAGUGCAUGCCUAGUUACAUUUUAAAACUCUUAAGAAACUUCAAGACUUUUUUGACGAAGGUUUCUCUCCACCCCCCAGUACUGUUAUGUGAUAUUUUCAUUCAAGAGGUCUGUUAUUAUUAAUUAGAAACUGUAAAAAAGAUCUAUGAAACAGUUUAAUAUAAUUUCUGCAUUUGUGUUUUAUUAAUCAUGAUGGUUAAUCUUGAAAAAAAGGACAUUUCACAGGGCUUUUUUUUUAGUCUGGUUGUUAAAACCCUUUCACAAAGCAUUUUAAGAUUUAAAAAAACAUUGUACUUGGAAGAUAAGUUUGAGUUCUGUAUUUUUGUUUACAAAAUAAUUAAAUAUGAGCAUUUGUGAAGACAG